AUGGCUUCACGGCGAAGGGCAGGCUCGAUCUCGCAAGCGCCCAUGGACGCAAAGUCGUACCCAAGGGCUGUUCAACCUCGAUAUGUCGAAAAUCAAGAUGACGAGAGCUUACCGCCGGGCCCAGAAAUACUUAUUAUACGUGGAAACUCAAAUGGACGCGCUCGAGGCUCUACAACUUCGAGCUCAUUCGCUGAGAGAGCCAAAAAUCUACCCCCAGAGCGCCAACUUCCUAAUCCCCCUCUCACCGACUCAAUAGAUAAUAUCCAAAGGUCCAUAUCAAUGCCAGCAGCCGCAAUUAAAGCAAAUACAACAGAAUCGCGAUCCCCGCAGACUCGGCUUUCCAAAAAUGAAGAAUAUGAGCUUCCUUCCGCUACUCAAUCUUCUCCCCAUCCACAGUCCAGCGAGCAAGUCAUAACCAGGACCAAUUCGCAGGCUACCUCAAAGAAAGAUGAUGCAAAGAGACGAGAUCGUGACUGGGCACCGGCGCGAUCCCCAUUGCAAAAACUCGAGGUAACGCUGAAUGAUAUCAGCAAAGAAGAAAAACGCGCAAGGAUCGAGGAGGCAGAAAUGCUCCUGAAAGAAGCUAAAGCUGGACGGAAAAAUCGUCUCGCAGUUCGUGAUGUGCGCGAAACGCCCAAAGUACACGAAGCAGGCCAGCAAAAGAGAGAUAUCCCUCGACCAGCUGCCCUGGAGGAUACUGGCAUUUCAAGAAGCACUAGUUCACGAAAUAAAGAAUCGGUGCAACAUAGAGCUACGGCAGAAACAUCGAAGCCUGAGCCUAGGGAAGCCUUAGUAGACCGCGAUAGUAACGACUACCAAGACGAAGUAGUCGCUCAGCGUGAACUAAUACCGAAUACUGCUGGAGAUCGGAGACCAUUCCAACCAGCCCAGGGCAACUCAAAAGCCCCCGAUAUGAGCUUUGAUCAGUUCAUGGCUGGCGACGUCGAAUAUUCCUCGUCACAGCGGCAGAAGUUACAACCCUCUGCAAAUCAAUUUAGGUCUCAAAGCCUAUCUGCCAGCAAGAGUCCGUGGAUGCAAGCACCGCAAUCCGCUGCUCCCCCAUCGAAAGCAGGCGCCCCUGUACAUAGAAGCAAUAGUAAAAAACUUCAAAAACCUAUGCCUCGUGAGCUUAUGGACCGAUUUGCCCCAGAAGCCUCUACAAACGUUCCAAUAUAUGGAGCUCAGGAACAUAACUAUGAAGAUUCUCCUGAGGCUGAUGUCCCUACCCCAAGAGCCGAAAUCGAGCCUGAGACUGACAUCAAAAGCUCAAUAAGACAGAAGAAAGUUGACCCAGUAUAUCCUAGUCUGGCCACCGUCAGCACUGAUGGUCCAUCGGACGAUCUAGAUUCCGCAGCAGGGGAGAAAAAGACAGAAAGCAGGCAGAAGCGCAUGUCUGUUACAUUUGCUGUUCCCCCACCCACUCCGCCUCCCCUAGAUGAAUGGAGAAGCGCUACUGUUUGUAGACUGCCUGCAGAUCAUUUGAACCUGCAUCAUUUUGAUGCUUCAAAGGCAUGGUGGGAAGGGGGCGGCUCAGGAAGACGAAAGAGAAGUCAGUCAAUAGCUAACGACGCUCCACUUGCUUCACCUAAGAUCAAGAGGAACGUCGCGUUCGAUCCUCCACUACAUUUAAGAUGCGGUCCUCUCCUUCGGUUUACUGGUAUUAAGAAUGACCGUAUUGACACCCGUGUGGGGCCUAUCGAAAGAGAAUUCUGGAAAGGUAGCAUCAUGAUAGCUACCAAGGAUUCUGUUUCUUCAUAUACCGUUCCACCCACUCUCCGAAUAUUCUCUCAACCUCGGGACCUGCUUCCUCCUCCUCCGGCAGAAAUUCGAUCUGAGCACGGGGAGCAACUAGCCCCGGAAUACGUUGACCCUAUUGCUGGGCUCACGAAACUUGGGAGAAAUGGAAAACUGCUUUAUGUUAAGCCAGUCGAUCAUAUUGAAGAAGGCAGAGAUCUUUGUUUUGUAGAGAACGAGGAUGGGCUGUUCGAAGACUCUCCCAUCCCAUUGGAUUAUAGCGCCAGUCAUCAGGUCAGUAAGUCGCCUGACGCGCGGAUCAAAGAGACAGAUGGAGAGUCUUUUGGGAGAUACAAAGAAGUGAAGGGAUUCCGACUAUACGCUGAUUCAGCAAGAGAUGUGACCUUUUGGCGCUUUAACCUGGAAAUCGAGCUUGGAAAGAAACAAGAGCAUAUCGCGUACCGUAUUAACCAGGGCUCUGCCCAAGGCUUCUGGGUUCCAGCGAAAGGCCAGGCAAUGAAUAUAAUGUUCUACAGUGGUAAUUGCUUUAGUGCCACUGUUGAUACAGACAAAUUCAGCGGACCCGAUCCGCUAUGGCGAGAUGCUCUCAAUGUUCAUCAAACACGACCAUUCCACGUCAUGAUAGGCGGCGGAUCGCAGAUUUACAAUGACGCAGUAGCUUCCAAGACUACACAUUUCCAGGCCUGGCUGGAUAUAAAAUCUAAAUACGAAAAAUUCCAGCACGCUUUCAAUCUAGACAUAAAAGCCGAACUUGAAGAUUUUUAUUUAGAGAAUUAUUUACAGUGGUUUUCACAGGGUCUUUUUGGCAUGGCUAACUCUCAGAUCCCGAUGGUCAACAUGUGGGAUGAUCACGAUAUAGUUGCUGGGUUUGGAUCUUACCCCGAUGAUUUCAUGAACACGCCUGUGUUUUCUGGGCUUGGGAACAUUGCAUUCAAAUACUAUUUACUUUUCCAACACCAGAGCGUCCUAGAGGAGACACACUUGAAUGAACCAAGUUGGAUUUUGGGACCUACUCCUGGUCCUUUCAUUCACCAUCAAAGUCGAAGUAUUUUAAUGCAUUUGGGAAAGCGGGUUGCACUUUUGGCAGUAGACUGUCGAACAGAACGCACUAAAUAUGAUAUUCUAAGCGACGCCACUUACGAUUUGAUUUGGGGCCGAUGCCACCAGGAAAUUAUGAAAGGGGAAACAAAGCAUCUUCUAGUGCUAAUUUCACUUCCUGUGGCCUAUCCAAGGAUGGCGUGGCUUGAAAACAUGACGAGCAAGGUUAUAGAUCCGGUCCGGUCCCUUAGUAAGGUGGGUUUGUUUGGGAGCUCUGAGAACAGGGUGGGUAAUGGUGCAGAGUCCCUGGAUGAUCACUGGACUGCGAAGCUGCAUAAACUCGAACGAAAGUGGUUGAUAGAAGAUCUUCAAGAGCUUGCAGCCCAGAAGUCUGUUCGAAUCACUAUUUUAGGAGGGGAUGCAAACUUGGCAGCGAUGGGACAAUUUUAUGCGGACCCAAAGCUCGAGAUCCCUAAAGACAUGGAUUAUCGAUAUAUGCCAAACGUGGUAUCAUCGCCGAUUGUCAAUGCACCGGUUCCAGAUAUCAUGAGUGAUGCACUCAAUCGCCGAAACAAGGUCCACCAUGUUGACACAAAAACAAUGGAAGACAUGCGGCCGAUAUUUACACAUGAUGUCGACGGCAAACCGAGAAAUAACAAGCGGCUUCUGCCGAGAAGGAAUUGGUGUUGCAUCCGAGAAUACGCUCCAGGUUCAACGCCCGCCCACACGCCUUCAGAGCCAAGCACCCCGGAUCAUCCCAGAGUGGGGAACCUUGCAAGGUCUCUAUCGCUUUCUCGUGGAGAAGGCCGCAGCUUUGGAAGAAGUUUCUCCAUCUCCCGUCGCUUUUCCCUGCGGGGCCCACCGCCCUCAAAGGGUGCCGACCAGAUAGUCUCGGUUCCGCAAAAUACCACAAAGGAGGCCGUGCCACGACCGUUGGAACACGGGGAUGGCUAUUUCCCGCCACAGCCAAUACGUCCGCAAUCGGACGAGGCUGGGCACGAACCAAGGCCAGGCGACUUCAUUCGACGGCGUACAGACCUCAGCGUCAGGGACGUCAAACAAGCACUCCGACAAGGAAGCGAUAUGCAUCAUUUCAUCAACCUUGAGGGUGGCUUGGACAUCACGCUGAACUGCGAAGUCAGCUCCACCGACCCUGCAGGCAUCACGACACCGUACAGGGUCCUGGUGCCUGCAUUGGCGUUCGAUGGCGAAUUCGAACCUAGCAUCCCUCUCCAGAAGAAAAGAUGGUGGAUGAUCGGGCCGAAGCGGGCAGAGGCAGGGCAGCAGAAUCGAGACAAUUUGAGCGACGACGAGUACGACGAUCGCCCGGUCCCGGAUGCAGACAGACCCUACAGCGACGGCCCAGCGCAGGGGAAACAGGGCCCGUCGCCUCCCCCCGACGGCGUGGAGCAGGGAUACAGCGGUGUGGACGCAUACAAGCCGAAGAAAAGGCGGUUUGGGCUUUUUUGA